AAUAAUGAGUAUAUAAACCUGCAGGCUGAAAAGGCCUGCUGAAGGCGCCAGCCUAGCUGAAUUCAAUCUCUCGAAGCUGAAACUCUCUCCUGGUUGAUGUUUUCGAGUAGGAAAACGAGAAAACUAACCGCCCGGCGCUUCAGUCACCGCUGUGUUCAUCUAAUUCUCCGUCAGAAUGUGGAGAUUCCGGGACGUGUUUUUGCUUAUUAUGCUUUGCUUAUUGGCGGUUUCAGUUGCUGCUCAAGGAACUAGGAGGGGAGGCAGACAAUGGCAAACACUAAGCGGAAAUGCGCCUUUGGUGAUAGCAAGAGGCGGGUUUUCGGGGGUUUUUCCUUAUUCCAGUGGUUACGCAUAUGAACUCGCUCUGCUAACUGGCUUGCCUAAUUUGCAUAUAUGGUGUGAUGUUCAGUUGACCAAAGAUGGAGCAGGAAUCUGCUUUCCAGAUAUCAGGCUACAAAAUGCUUCUGAUAUAAAAUAUGUUUAUGGAAACAAGAGCAACACCUACACUAUAGAUGGAAAGCAAGAGCAAGGAUGGUUUUCUGUGGAUUUCACCCUUAAGGACCUAAAACUCGUGAAUAUGAAUCAAGGGAUUCAUAAUCGAGUGCCACAUUUUGAUGGGAAUAAUCUGCCAAUUCUUACUGUUGAUGAUGUAGUUAGACUAACAAAACCACCUGGGUUAUGGUUAAAUAUUCCGCAUGAUGCAUUUUUCAGCCAACAUAACCUGAGUAUGAGAAGCUUCAUUAUUUCUGCAUCGAGGCGCAUGAUUGUUAAUUAUAUAUCAUCACCUGAAGUGGGCUUCCUCCGCAGUAUCGUAUCACGAUUCAGAACAGGCCCGACAAAGCUUGUGUUCCAAUUCUUGGGACCUGAUGAUGUGGAGCCUUUGACCAACCAAACAUAUAGGUUACUUAUGAAGAAUCUUACAUUUAUCAAAACCUUUGCUACCGGAAUUAUUGUCCCCAAAAGUUACAUAUGGCCUGUGGACAACAGCCUAUAUUUACAUAAUUACACCUCUCUUGUACUUGAUUCUCAUGAAGCGGGUUUAGAAGUUUUUGCAUCCGAUUUUGCAAAUGACGCAUCUUUGCCGUAUAACUACAGCUAUGAUCCUGUGGUUGAGUAUCUUUCUUUUAUUGACAACGGCCAAUUUUCUGUUGAUGGUGUGCUGUCUGACUUCCCAAUAACUGCAUCUGCAACCAUAGAUUGCUUCUCACACAUGGGCAAAAAUGACACUGUGCAAGCAAAACUAUUGAUUAUAUCUUCUGAGGGAGCAAGUGGCGACUAUCCUGGUUGUACUGACGAGGCGUAUGCUAAAGCUGUAUCAGAUGGCGUAGACAUACUUGAUUGCCCUGUUCAAAUGACAAAUGAUGGAAUACCCUUUUGCCUGGGAUCUAUCGACCUCAAAGAAAAAACAAAUACUGGUGAAUCAAUUUUCACCAACCUCUCGACAACUAAUUCGGACCUUAACAUUAUAGAUGGAAUUUUAGCCUAUAAUCUUACAUGGAGCCAAAUUCAGACAUUGAAGCCUGCUAUUUCCAAUCCAUAUUCGAUAUAUUCAAUGUUCAGAAAUCCAGCAGCCAAACAUGUUGGGAACUUAAUGCAGUUAUCUGAUUUUUUGGCAUUUGCACAUAAUGCAUCUUCAAUAUCUGGAGUCUUGAUCAGCAUAGAGCUUCAGCUAACAAUUCAGAUCAAAACGUGGACUGUUAAGACAGAUGUGCAUGAUCUGAACGCUGCAUACUUAGCUGAAAAACAGGGACUAGGCGUAGCUGAUGCAGUUUUGGAUGCUCUAAGCAAAGCUGGUUAUAAUAAUCAGACUGCCAAAAGGAUCAUGAUUACAUCCAGCGAUAGUGCAGUACUUUCCAAGUUUAAGAGCACCAGCAAUUAUGAGCUCGUCUACCUAAUUGAUGAGAUUAUUAGCGACAUCUUGAACACAACCAUUUUGGAGAUAAGAAAAUUUGCUAGCUCUGUUGUCAUCCGUAAAGCAUCCAUUUUUCCUUCUGAUGAUGCAUUUAUCACUGGUAAAACAUCUAUCAUCCCAAAGAUAAAAGCCUUUGAUCUCCCAGUCUAUGUGAAAUUGUUCCGAAAUGAGUUUCGAUCUCAACCAUAUGACUUCUUCUCCGAUGCGUAUGUGGAGAUUAAUGCUCAUUACUUUGCGGGAAUUGAUGGUGUCAUAACAGAUUAUCCUGCAACAGCUGCUAGAUUCAAAAGGAACCGUUGUCUAGGAUAUAAAGAUACACCACCAUACAUGAUGCCUUUGCAAGCUCGGCUUCUUAUUGAUUUAAUCUCGCCAACAUACCUACCCCCGGCAGAGGCUCCAAGCCCAAUCCUCACGGACAACGAUGUGGCAGAGCCUCCUUUGCCCCCUGUCACCGGAAGGCCUUCAACUGUGAACACCGGUAGUGGCUCAACAGCACCAGGUCCAACUCCACGAAACGGGCAGCCUGCACUUUUUGCAAGCACCAUCCUCCAUGUUCUUGCCAUUUUACUCUCAACUCUUAUAUGCGGAGGUCAGAAUAUCAAUACCUUGUACACCAUCUUGUAAUGUUUAUAAUCUUGUGAUGGACCUUACUCAAUAUCUAUAACGAAGUCUGAGACUACCUAGCCAGUUCAGAUUCCACAUCGGAGAACCUGAGAAAUUGUUUUCUCGGACGACCUUGUAUGUAUUUUAUGUAUAUCCAAUCUAUUAUAGUGUGAUUUUAUUA